AUGGAGGCACAUAUGCAAGCCCUGAAACUUAUUGUUCGCUAUGUCAAGGGUACUCUUGCUCAUGGUCUUCAUCUCUAUGCAUCCUCCUUUUCCACUCUUAUCUCUUACACUGAUGCAAAUUGGGAUGGGUGUCCGGAUACCCGACGCUCUACUUCUGGGUACUGUGUGUUUCUCGAUGAUAAUUUGAUUUCCUGGUCCUCCAAGAGACAACCUAUUCUCUCUCGUUCGAGCGCCAAGUCAGAGAAAUCUAGUACAAAUCAACGUACCAAGCACAUUGAAGUGGAUAUUCACUUUGUUCGAGAAAAAGUAGCACGUGGUGAAGUUCGUGUCUUGCAUGUUCCCUCUAAGUACCAAAUUGUAGAUAUUUUUACGAAGGGGCUUCCCUUGAUCCUCUUUGAAGACUUUAGAGACAGUCUCAUCGUUCGUCCUCCUCCCACUUCGACUGGGGUGUGUUAG